AGUGCAGUGCUGUGGACUCCGCUGCCUCUUUAGUCUUUUCCAGUUUUAUUCAGUGUUUUUACGGAACAUUUUCUCCUGAGGUGAAGCCUUCACACGGUGGUCGAAGAUGUCUGUGGCCGGGCUGAAGAAACAGUUCCACAAAGCCAGCCAGCUACUCAGUGAAAAGAUCAGCGGGGCAGAGGGGACGAAGCUGGAUGAAGACUUCAUGGAGAUGGAGAGGAAAAUUGAGGUGACCAACAAGUCAGUGUUUGACCUCUUGUCCAAAACCACAGAAUACCUGCAGCCUAACCCAGCCUCUCGAGCCAAACUCAACAUGCUGAACACAGUGUCCAAGAUCCGAGGGCAGGUGAAGACCACCGGCUACCCCCAGACAGAAGGCCUGCUGGGAGACUGCAUGCUGCGCUACGGCCAUGAACUGGGAGAGGACUCUGUGUUUGGUGGAGCUCUGGUGGAGAUGGGUGAGGCCAUGAGACAGAUGGCAGACGUGAAGGACUCUCUGGACAUAAACGUCAAACAGAACUUUAUCGACCCCCUGCAGACUUUACAGGACAAGGACCUCAAAGAGAUCACACACCACCUGAAGAAGCUGGAGGGCCGUCGGUUAGAUUUUGACUAUAAAAAGAAACGUCAGGGGAAAAUCCCCGAUGAGGAGGUCCGCCAGGCUGUGGAGAAGUUUGAGGAGAGCAAAGAGCUGGCUGAGAGGAGCAUGUUCAACUUCCUGGAAAAUGAUGUGGAGCAGGUGACCCAGCUGUCGGCGCUGAUCGAAGCAGCUGUAGACUACCAUCGGCAGUCGAGUGAGAUCCUGGAGGAGCUGAGUGGGCAGCUGCAGAGGAGGAUAUCCGAAGCCAGCAGUCGCCCCAAGAGAGAGUUCAAACCAAAGUCCAUUAGGAGCAGCCUGGAGACCCUGGACAACAGCCAGCAUAACGGUCUGUCCUACAGCUCCUCAUUCAAAUCCACAGAUAUCGAGAUCAAUCACACAGUCAAUGGGAAAACUCCAUCUCCAUGUGUCUUCACAUCUCACCCAGCUGAUCAUAUAACCUCUGUUCCACUGUCAUGGCCUGAGAGCCCUACUACCAAUGGCUUUGAUCACCAGACGGAGAUGUUGGACCAGCCAUGCUGUCGCUCCCUCUACGACUUCGAGCCCGAGAACGAGGGCGAGCUGGGUUUCAAGGAGGGCGACAUCAUCAUCCUCACCAACCAGAUCGACGACAACUGGUACGAGGGCAUGAUCCACGGCGAGUCCGGCUUCUUCCCCAUCAACUACGUGGAGGUCAUCGUCCCCCUGCCUCAGUGAGACUGGCUCCUCGAGUCCUCCGCAGACUCCUUCCUUGCCUCAUCACAUCGUCUCAGCUCAGGCCUGAAAAAGCGUGGGGCCAGCUCAGCUCCAAGCCGAAAACAUAUUCUCUCUUCUGAAUUUCCAAACGAGCCAGAGAGGUAGUAGUUUGUCCGAAGUCGACGUAAGAUCAAAUGUCACCGAUUGCAUUAUUGGUUUUUUUUAUAUUUAUGGACCUGAAGCCAACUGAAACCCAAGCCAUUAAGUGGGACACUUUGCCUGGUUGGACCAUUUCAGUCCUUUAUAUCGUACCGAGGUGAAAAUAUCAAGAAGUCAUCAAACUCUGUCAUCAUUCUGUCAGGACUUUAGAUCAGACUGACCUAAAGAACUGACAGGAUGAUUACUACCUUUCACUUCUUCUUCUAUAAGGCUGUUAAGCAUUACAGAAGUUUAUGUCAUUGAGCUGUCCGCCUCCUUUUGCCCCCUCACCACAAUCUUAGACUCUUCUCAACCUUCGUUGAAGUGCACAAUGGACAUCGUGAUUGCAUCGUUGGACCAUUACAAGAAGAUUAUAUGGUCCUUUUUUUGCAUCACAGCCACAUGAGGAACAUGACAAACAUUUAAUUAUCAUAGAAUUAUGAUAAAAAUUAUCCCCCAUAAACGAGAGGUUUAAGUUAAAUGACCAGUUUGCAUUACACAAUUACAAAAAAACACAUUUGUUCACUUACCCCUAGUAUCCAAUCAUGCAUAUAGUUUUAUGUUUGAAAAAUGACAUUUAAAAUAACAUCUAACAAAUUCAAGAGGUAAUUACAAAAAUAUAGAUUUUUUUUUUGUAAUUUGAGUGAACUGAACAUUUGAAAAGAAAAAAAGAGAGCUGUUGAUGAGAUGAUGGCCAGACGAUAUGUUUAGUAAAGCACACCUCCAAUAUGGUCGCUACAGUCCUGCAUUUUAGGGGUUUUGCAUUUCAUAUUUAAAAAGCAUUUUAUGUUCUUAUGUUGUAACAUUUUCCUUAUGAUGCCUCAUGAGGCCUUCAAGUGAAACCUUGCCAAAGUGAAAGGAUCAUUCCAGUUUACUGCGACUCGGGUCUUAUAUUUUUGUAGUUUUGAUUGUUAUUUUUAAGUAAUAAUAGCGUCGUGCUCAUCAAGUUAGUGGCUGGGAUCUGGGAAUACAGAAGCCUGAAGGGCUAAGAAAGAUUAGUGGUCAAACAAUCAGGCCGGUUUUAAAGCUACACUAAUCAAUAUUUUAGAUAUUAACAAUUGCGACUGCUCAUAUGUAAAAAAGGGGUCGCAUGUAAUGGCAAAUCAACACCUUACUUCGUACAUCCCCCUCUUUAGUGUUUUUCAGCGCAGUGUUUUGGCUUCAUGUCCUCCAACUGUACUGGUUUGGUUGAGUCUCACAGUUCUCAUCAAACUGGUCUUUGAUAACUGAAUUUUUAGCAACAUUUGAAGUGAGCUCACUUUCAGAUUUAGCUACUUAUGAAGUGGUUUCGUAAUCUGUUAGAAACAGUUAGAUGAGUCUUUCCUUGUUGAACACUGUUGUAGCUGCGUCAUCAUGUUCCCAGAUCUCAUCAAUUAAAGUGGACCUAAAAGCGCGAAAAAACGUCGAAAUUGUAAUGAACCAAAAAUGUGAAAUUCAGUCCUCGCUCUUAAACAUUUUAAUCAAUGUUGGCUUUAGCUCAAUGAUGAUCUUCCCUCACACGCAAACAUUCCACUGCUAUUUAUUUUCCACGUUUUUAUCAUGUGCAUAGUUUUGUAAACUUUUUGAAAGCCACAAGCCGUUGGACAGCGGUCACGCCUAGCUCACAGAGUUGAAGUCUCACCGGUGUUUGAAAACGUCACAUUGCACUGGGAUCAUGGUAGACUGUACGUGAUGUGUGUUACUAGUCCGUUAGACUCUCUCUCUGCGUCUACUAUGGUCUGUCUCGUGUUGUAAUUCUGUACCUUUCCGUUCACGUCUUUCUUCCUCCCUCUCUCUCACACUGACUUUGCCUGUCUUGCCUGCUGUGCUCUUAAGUGUCGCCCAGAACACACGACUUUUACGACUGUGAGGAACCGAACUCUCAUCUCUCUGAAUGUCCCUCUCUUUCUCUGUUUACAUGCUCGGACUUAUUGUGACAUGAUGUAAGGACUGUACCGCCUGCUCUGCGUCAGAUAGGGAUGAAUGCCUUGACAUUGAAACCAUAUGAAAGUGCUUUUUUGAAACGUUGUCUGUAUUGCACUGAAGCUUUAGAAUCUACCUACCACAUACGUUUAUGAACAUGCACCUUUUCUUUUUAUUUGUUAAUGUUUUAUUCUUCCUCUUCUUCAGCGUUGCACUUUGUCUUGUUCACAACGGGGUUAUAAUCACUACCAGAUCAGAUAUAUAUGUAAAGUCAAAAUGGUAGCUACUUAGAUUUAUAUAACCACAGAUGUUCUUUGUACUGUGCUGUGAUGAAUCCACUUUCUCAAUUAUGUAAUUUAGGUUGGAAAAAAUGACUGUUAUCACAUCUAAAAUCAGACAAAGAUGUCUGUGGAAGUAUCCUGUUACCUUGUGAAACUCAUUCCAGUUCUCUUAUUAGCUAGUGAUGAGCGGUAGAAUAAGUAAAGACCUGCAGUUACGGUCUGUGCUGAUACAUUUAUUUAGGACGUUCCAUCAUGGUAUAAGUGGGUAGAACACCUAUACAGCCUGAUAUUCUUCUUUCCUGACAACAUUCAGUUUAGAAAAGGGGUGAGAUUACCUUCAAUUCUCAAAAACAAGCCUAACUUCAGAGAGAACCAGACCAGAUUUAGAUACACAGCUUCAUUCUUAAUUUCCUGUUUUAUGUGGAUAUUUUCUUAUAUUUAAGUAAGAAACCUCCCUGUUCUCUGGUCUGCUCUUAUUUGAUGUCUGUUCUUCAUGAUCACUUGUUGUUUAGAUACAUUCAACACAAUGUACAUUUUCACAGAAUUAGUUCUCUUCUACCUUAAUUGUAAAACAGUUCCAAGACUUCCUGCAUCUGAAAGUCUUGACACAUCUGUAUAUGUGACUGAACUGUAGUUUAACAUGGCUGAAAAACUGCAAGAGUAGAAGCAACAGGACUGAAUUAUUGGGCAGCGUUCAUUCUGUCAGCAAUGAAAAAUAGUUUUUGAGACCAAAGACAAAAUGAAUCAUAUAUUUCAUCCACAGAUAAAAACUAAAGAAUCUGACAGACAUACAAAUUGAUCAAUUACUGUUUUAAUGCAUAAUAAAUAUAAAACUAUUACAAUCUGAUUUCACACUGUUGUUGUGCUGUGGUAAUGUACAUUAUACAGAAUGAGUCAGUAUGUGAGCCACUGUAACAGGUCUCUAUGUUUACCAGCCUUUACUAGCAGCCAGCUGAAUAUUAGCCUUUAUUUGACAAUUCAAGGCAUAUAAAAUAUUCUCAUGGCAUUUCCACAAAAAACUUUUUUCUCCGGAAAUUAGUGUAAUCGGGUAAUUUAGUUAUUGUACACAGAAUUGCUGUCAUUGUGAACGGAAAUAAUCCCAGACCUAAACUCAGGCAUGGGUGUCCAAUAUGUACUCAAUGGACUCUUUUUCUGCAUUAUUUAAUUUCAUCUUUCAUUGUAUGUGGACUAACUAUACUUUAUAUACAAUAGAGAGAAGAAGAAACAAAAUGUAUUGGGAUACUUACUGUUAGCUUGCAGUUGCUUAAAUGUUCAAGAUGUUGCAUGAUGAUUUUUCUAAAGAUUGUUAUGAUGGAUUUGGGAUACUGGGGAGUUCUUAGCACAGGGUUGUUAUCUGCAGCACCCAUUACAUCACAGAACAGAAGGGAUCACAAGAUUUAAUCCUGCAUCAGUCUUAAACUACUCUUUGUAGAAAAAACAAAAACCUUUGACUGGGUUUACAGAUGAGUUAGCACUGAUUUCAAGAUCAGCCUAUUUUUCUUUUUUUUUCUUUUUUACAGUGAGCCCCACAGUAUGAAUGACUGACUCUUUGAUACACUAAACUAAGAUCUCUCAACACUGUACCUCUGUUUGCCUUUGCAGUCCACAAAAGUCUCUCCUCAGUAUUCGUUUUACAACCAACUUCUAGGCAAAGGAAACUGGCUACGCAUCUGUGUUUUAUUUUUUCAGUAGCAUAAUUUAUGCAAGAGGUGUUUUAUAGAUGUUGUAAAUGAAUAUAUUAAUAAAUAUAUUGCGUAAAUAAAUGAUAAGCAAAUAUUGAGCUGC